AUGGAUCAGCUCCUGGCCAAGGCACAGGAACUGAUGGACGACAACGAGCCCCAGACGGCAUUGCAGUUUGCCGCGAAGGCGAUUGAGAUGGACGCAAACAACACACAGGCGCUGUUCCUGGCGGCGCUGAUCCAGCUGGAAAUGGGGUCUGUGGACCCGGCAAUCAACUGCUUGCAAAAAUGCGUGCAACUGUCGCCAGAGCGCGGCUUCGAGAAAUACAUGUACCUGGGCCAGUUCUCGGUCGAGCUCGAAGCCGUAAAGUACUUUGAGCUGGGUGUGCAGGCAAUGCAGCGCGAUCUGGCUGAGCUUCCGCAGGACUCGCUGCAGGCCGCUGAGCUGCGGCGUAUGAUGGCUGAGGCGUAUGUGGCCAUCACUGAAAUCUUCCUGACCGACUGCUGCGACGAACCGGACGCUGAGCAAAAGUGCGAGCAGCUAUUGCAGCUUGCAGUGGAGAGCGACCCAGAGUGCCCCGAGGUGUACCAGACGUUGGCGUCUGUGCGCAUGAGCCAGGCGCGCCCCGACGAUGCGCGCGAGUGCCUGAAAAAGGGCAUGUCGCUGUGGAUCAAUAAGGAUCCGAACGACCCGCAGAUCCCGUCGUACGAUAACCGGCUUGCGCUGGCGCGGCUUCUCUUGGAGGUUGACGAGAAGGAGGAGGCGCUGUCGUUGCUCGAGCGCCUGCAAAAGCAGGAUGACGAGAAUGUCGAUCUGUGGUAUCUGUAUGGCUGGACGUAUAAGCUGCAGGCGGAGGAUACCAGCGAAGACGGGGACAAGGCGGAUCUGCUGCGCUCGGCCCGCGCGUGUCUGAGGCGCGCGAUCAAGCUGGCCCAGAUGCAGGAGUACGAGGACGAGAGCCUGGUGGCUCACGCGCAGGAGCUGGUGACAGGCAUCAAUGAGCUGGUGCCGGAUGACGGCAACGACGACGCCGAAGAGGAGGUUGCCGGCAAUGAGGGCGAGUGGGAGGACGUGGCCAGCGACGACGACAAUGCCAUGGACACGAUGUAA